UCAAGACAACAUCAAAUAGUACAGCCAUGUUCCAAGCUCGUUUGACAAGUUCGGUUGUCAAAAUUUGUAACAAGCGUCGCGGGCAGCCAUCAUCAUCGCACCAAAUCCAACAGCGCGUCGUGAAGGAAGAAGUUAGCCAGCGCUUCUGCCAACAUGGGACGUCGGAAGUCGAAACGAAAGCCUCCGCCGAAGCGCAAAAACAUCGAACCACUGGAUCAACAGUUCAACUGCCCGUUCUGCAACCACGAAAAGUCCUGCGAGGUAAAGAUGGACAAGAGUCGGAACUCGGCGCGGAUUACCUGCCGGGUUUGUAUGGAGGACUACCAGACGUCGAUAAACUUUCUCUCGGAACCGGUCGAUGUUUACAACGAUUGGGUGGAUGCGUGUGAGAGCGCUAACUAAAUCUCGAGUGUGGUUUCCGUGAGGAAAAAGACCGGGCGUAAUAUUAGGAAACAGAUUGCAGACUAUUUAUAUCACUUAACCGAUGGACACAGUCCCAGGAUAUGAUUUACUGACUGAGUGGAUUACAUUCAUUAGUUUUAAUUUCAAGGUUUAUUUUGCGAAAUAAAUUACAUGGAGCAGUACAUAAA